GGACUGCGGAGUCCUGGCGCGCGCUGCUACCAGCCCCCCAGUCCCGAACUCCCGACAGACAGUGAUAGGGUGGCGGGUGACGCUUGUCCCGGAGUAGACGCCGACCUUCUACCGAUAGGACUAGCACCCCUCCUCGUGCACGGGCCGUUUCGGGUGUGCGCUGAACAGCUGGGGUGCCUUUCAGUGAAUCACAGAUAUCGCGCCAUGACGUGGCCGUUAUCAGUGCCGCCGUGAUGGCAACAGUCAGCGAGAUAAAAAGAACCCGGAAUUGUUGCAAAUAGCUCCAGUUACCGACAGUGACUGGCAGGGGAAACAAGUGUAGCCAAUGCAUCUUACAAAGUGCGUUUCUUUUUCACUGAGCGAUGUGACAUUCGGAAGUUUUGCUAGUUAUGGAAGACGGGGGCUGGACCGUAGUGCAACGGCGGCGCAAACGCAUCCAAACAAGUGCCGGAGAUGCCAGAACCAGCAAGUCGACUGAUCCGAAGAAGAACGAACCACACAAUGGCUCAAACUCAUCAAAGGGCUUUCGAUCCACCAAGAGCCAACCGGACCCCAAAGCACGGCUCGUGGCCGGGAAGAAUCCUACAGCUGCCUCUUCUCGCGGGAUACGCUGUGCCGUAUGUGGUGAUUUCAGCUGUAUUGCCCAGCUCUCACCCCGCGAGGUCCUGCUUCGACUGCCACCAGCGGGACCAAGUCAGCCAGAAUCGUCUGUAAGUGAAAAGUCGCCGUCAUCUCCGCUCACCUGCGAGGAGCUGAAGCGGCUGCAUCUGCCCCUGCUAGAUCUGGAGCAUGGUGCCGAGCUUGCCCGUCACAUGGAGAUGGCCGAGUUCGGCCAGCUGAAGGAUCUGCUGGUAGACGGCACGGAGGUGACGCCUCACGGACUGCGGCUGUGGGUGCUGCGACCGGCCGAUGGCACCGGGAACGGGCCGGGCGCAGCGGCCGUGGACGAGAGGUUGUUGCCAAAGCACAACAUUCGCGCUCGCGAGCCAAUAGAGGUGACCAGAGAUAAAGAGGACCGAGAGGAACUGGAUGCGGAGAGCCAGAGGGCUGUGGUGUACCGGGUCACCGACUAUGAAAUCAUGAUCGUUAUAGAAAAGGGUGGCAAACUUACUCAGGGAAAUACGGUGAGCAUCAAGAGAGUGGACGAAGAUCGUAUGUACUGGAUGAUGCGUAACAUCGUGAGAGGACUGGACGGCAUCUCUGGAAGAGCUCUCCGGCUGCGAGCAGUUCUGUUUGGUGAGUGGCCCGUAGAAUCCGCGGAUAAACUGCCGGCGAAGCUCGUCAAUGCAAACGGAAAGCUGGACUUCUACAACGUCGGGUUGAACCAGCUUCAGCGCGACGCUGUGGAGUUCGCCGUCCGUCAGAAGCAUCUGGCCGUCAUCCAUGGUCCGCCCGGGACUGGCAAGACCACCACCAUUGUCGAGAUCAUCCUGCAGCAUCUGAAGAUGGGCUGUCGCAUUCUGGCGUGCGCCCACGCCAACACGGCUGUGGAUAACAUGCUCGAACGACUAGCCGAGAAGAACUCCCUCCACAGCCUUGACCUCCGUAUGGUACGUCUUGGACAUCCAGCUCGCAUCAGGGAAUCGCUGCUCGACUUUUGGCUAGACAAGGUGGCCGAUUCACUCGAUGAUGGUGUAAGCCACCACCAUGGCAAAAAGGGGUCUCCAUCUGAAGCCAAAGCACUACAGAAACUCGUUAUAACGAAGUCCAAAGUUGUCUUCUGCACACUGGCCAGUACGAGUGGAGAGGGCCCGCUGGAAGCACCCGGGCACCUGGGCCUGGGUGCGUUUGACCUGGUGGUGAUCGACGAGUGCUCACAAUCGAUGGAGGCCGCCUGCUGGCUAGCAGCGCAGAGGACCGGGAAGCUGUUGCUGGCCGGCGACCACCGCCAGCUGCCUCCGACCAUCAUCAGCAAGCCUGCAGCGCAGUGCGGCCUGGAAGUCUCCCUGAUGGAGCGUCAAGUGGAGCUGCACGGGGAGAAGGCGGUGCGCAUGCUCUGCACCCAGUACCGGAUGCACGAGCUGAUCCAGCAGUGGCCGUCUCAGCAGCACUACGACAGCCGUCUGGAGGCGGCGCCGGCCGUGCGCCAUCACCGUCUGACCGAUCUGCCCGGCGUGCGCCUCACGGUCGACACGACUCCUACCUUGCUGCUCGUCGACACGGCCGGCUGCGGGCUCACCGAGGCCAAACCUGACGAGGCCCACUCGAGAAGCAACCCCGGGGAGGCCGACAUUGUGGUGGCGCACGUGGAGGCUCUGGUACGUGCCGGCGUGUCCCAGGACCAGAUAGGCGUCAUCACACCAUACUGCGCCCAGAUCACCCGCGUGCGCGACGGCCUAAGGCUCCGCCGACUGAAGGAGGUGGACGUUUACACGGUGGACGGUUUCCAGGGACGCGAAAAGGAAGCCAUCGUCGUAUCGUUGGUCAUAUCCAAGAAGUCAGGCCUGAGCUUCGUGACAGACACGCGCCGCAUCAACGUGGCCAUCACUCGCGCCCGGCGACAGCUGGUGAUCGUCUGCGACACGAAGAUCUUGGGCAGAGACGACGACGCGCGGUCGUUGCUAGAGUACAUGCGGCAAAAUGGCGAGGUUAGGUCGCCACGGUACUGCAGGGAUGGGCCCUAGAACCCGAAAAUACGGAGGAAAGUAAUAAUGACGUUUGCAUAGUAUCGCAAAUUUUUAAUUGUAAAACUUCGAUCAGACGUCUCACAUGUAAUAUCCCUAAUUCAACCAUCGUUUUACACAUCACCGAUCGCGGCCUUUUGACGACCCUGGAACCUGCCACAAACGCCGACAAGCUGCUUCUGGACAUGUCGACCACGGCCUGGAGGAAGGCGGCCUGCAGAAUUGGAAGUUGUAUCUUUCAAGGGCUCGUGACUGUAUGGCGACCCAAUUCACUAGAAAUCACCUGCCCCAAGAACUUGUCACUCCCAUUCCAAGCGCAAAGAACAGUGGCGGCGCAACGCCUUUGGGGGGCACUGCCGACUUUUGGUCCCAUUCUUUUUAUGCAACACCAAUAGGGCUAAUGUUAAAAUGACAAAAUCAAAGGGGGGCACUGCCGACUUUUGGUCCCAUUCUUUCCAUGCAACGCCAAUAUAGGGCUGAUGUUAAAAUGACAAAAUCAAAGGGGGGGGACACGGUGCCCCGGUGCCCUCCCCGUUCCGCCACCUAUGUGGCAUAUAACAUCCGUUAAGGUACUUUGUUGUCGAUUGAAGUCGAUUGAAGCCGGAAUUUGGUAUGGAAAAAGAGAGUGGCUAAUUCUAAACGGUUUUAAGUUGAGAUUAGACGCUAUUAUUUCUAGCGCAGUGCACAAACUCAUCCACGUCAACGUUUUGAGUCCGGAAUUCCGCGCUAGGCUCCGUGCAGUACCAAGGUGUUACCGAAAACACCAUGAAUCAAGUAUUCCACCGUCUCGAUCAGUUCGAAACUAGAAUAAUACCGGUAAACAUCCACCGUUAAAAACAUCGUUAAACAUCGUUCCACCGGUAAACAUCGCCAAGAAGAGUAGCGGUCUUCUUUGGGGGUGGGGGGGAGGGUAGGAUCUUUCGGUCUAACGAGACCAUUCCAGAGCCGGAAGGUUGACAGGAAUUAAGGGAAGACAUUGGUCUUGGCGGAUACCUUGGCUAGUCGUCGGCGCUUAGCCCAUCCAGUGGGCAGGCCACCUGGCCCCCUGACUCUCACCGCACCCGGCUACGGGCCUGCUCCUAUUAGGGGAGCUUCCCGCCUUUGUUGUAGGUGUGUUGCCAGAUGUGAACACGAAAUAGGAUCAAGCUAUGCUUGGUGCUCAACGAAGAUAAUUAGGUACCUAGGUACUUCAACUGGUUGCAUUUAUAUUUAAUAUAUUUUCAUAGAGAAAUGUUAACGGUACCGGUCUUGCCUUUGAUAAUUGAUCACUCAUCAUCAUUCUCAGGAGGCUGGGAACAACUGAAAUGCGGGAACUGAGAGUACCAAUACAAAUGGAACCAUGAUAUACCGUCACAAAUCAA